GCACAAAUCGCUUUAGAAGUAAUACAGAGUUUUGACCUACCUGCUGUGAUAACACUUACAGUAUAUACUGCUAGAGGAGAGGAUGGAGUAGUAAGAACACGUGAUGGUGUCNCAAUAGGAGAAGCAUGCAAGGAUCUGAUAGAUAGAGGAGUAACAAUAACUGGAGUGAACUGCACCCGUGGGCCUGAAAUGACACUAGAGCUUGUCAACGAUAUCGUUCAAGUUUGUCCUCCCGAAAAGAUUGGAGCACUACCCAUUGCAUAUCGUACAACCCCUAAAGAACCUGGCUUCAUGGAUCUGACGGAUUCUAUCUGUCCUGCAAAUAAUCCAGUUUAUCCAAGGGGCAUGGAGCCAUUCUGUGUCUCACCGGCUGAAAUAGAAUCAUUCACAAAGUCCUGCACCAGUCUUGGUAUGAAGUACUUGGGUAUUUGCUGUGGGAACUCUGGGGAGCUCACCCGUACAAUGGCUGAGACUAUGGGUCGUAGGCCACCGGCUAGUCGGUACUUGGAUGAUACUCAGUUUGGGUUGCUAAAGAAAUUAAAAAUGAGUGGACAAUUAUAAACUAACAUUUUAAUAUAAAGUGUGCGUAACAUACUUGCAAUUGUAAUCAAUGUGUAAAGUGUUAAGAUUUUUGACAAAGUGUUUUGCAGAAUUCAUUAA